GUGUGAUGUCAAAAUUUCGAUGCAAUGUAUUGCAAUGGUCUGCAUCAUGAUGUACUCAGAUUCGUCCACAGUCCACCCCUAAUCCACCUAAUCCAUCCAUCCAUCCACCCAUCACCAUAAAUACAUCACCCCAAUGUGCCUAGGCCACAGAACGCAUAGAUCCACCCGCCCCGCCCCGCCAGCGGCACACAGACACACACACUCACACUCACAAACACACUUGUACAGAAAAAGGGCGUCGAUGCACUGAGUGCAUCGCGCCCACCCGUCCACCGCAUCAUGUGAUCGUCAGACACAUCCUCCCUCUCCAUUCGUCAAGCCACGUUAGACAGUUGCGAGGGCUCUCUGGAAGUACUGGUUCUUGAGCAUGCCUGCACACACACACACACACACACACAGGUGUGAAUCUAAUCUCACACUCCAUCCCUCUCCCUCUGCUGUGCAGUGCAGUGCAGUGCUCACCCUUGUACAUCUCCACGAAUUGUUCCUUCUUGCCCAUGGUCUCUUGCACACUCUUGACCGUCAGCAUCUUCUUGUACCACGCCAGAAAGGCCCGGGACCCCUUCAGCAGCUCCUCCCAGCCAACCUUCUUGAAGGCCCCGUGUGUGGCCGCCGCACGCUCCACAAACGGGAAAAGGGCGAUGUCGGCCAACGUCAUCUUGUCGCCGACGAACCAGCUCGACUUGGAGGCGUUGGCCUUGAGCAUCAUCUCGAGGAAGGCGAUCUCAUCCAUCAGUUUCUGCUUGAGCAUUGCCUCUUUCUUGGGCUUGUUGCAGCUGAGGUAGAGGUAGAAGGCCUUGACGAAGGCGUCGACUCGCUGCAUGACGAUGCGCAUCCUGGCCCGCUGCUGCAGGUCUGCCGGCAUGAGAGAGCUGCAACCAACACAGACCCGGUGCAUUCAAACAUGCACGCACUCACGCGCACAUUGUGUGGUCACUGUGGUGUCACAUUUCACCUCUGGAAUGUCUCAGCGAGGUACUCGUUGCACACAUUCGACUCGUAUACGACAUCAUCGAAGUACUGGACCACAGGCACCUUGCCUGCAACACACACAGACACACAUGCACACACACAGACACAUAGAGAGCGCCGGACAGGACGUAUGCGUGUGGCCACAUCGCCCCUUUCGCGCACGCACCAUUUGGGUUCAUCUGUUUGAACCAUGCCUCCUUGUUGUCCUUGCCAAGCACCACAUCCUUGUGCUCGUACCUGAGGGAGGAGCAAAGGCAAACCACAUCUAUCCACACUCACACACAUGCAGCCAGCAAUCACGCUUACGGCACGCCGAGCUCCUUGAGCACUAUCCACGUUCUCUGCGCAUACGGACACCCUGCACACACACACACAUCCAUCCAUCCAUCCAUUCACAGACCUCCCCAGGCACCAUCAGAUAGAUCUGUUACGUCCGUUCGUGUAGAACUUGAGCUGCGGCAGGCUCUUCAGCUCUCGCUGGUCACUGUUGCUCUCCACCGCAGCUGCAGGGGCAGGGGCAGCCACGGUUGCUGGCGGUUUCAACGCCGCUGCUGCUGGCUGAGAGCGCCUUCCGAUGGCGUCGCAAGCUAUGAUGAGCACGGAAAUGACCACCAAUGAAGCAAACCCACCCAUCAUCUUGCUUGGACGUGAGAAAAGAGAAGCAAAG